AAAUCAAAACGUGGCUUGGACUAACCCAAGUGGUCUCCCUCCCAUUUCGUGGGUUUUGGGACACGUCGAACACUUGCUUGUCGGAGACGAACGUUUGCUGUGUCGGACACAUCUGCCUCCUCUCCAUUGGACUCAUAUACUCUCUUUCUCUCCCUCCUCCUAUCUUUCUACGAAUUUACCUCCUUUCUGGACUGUUUUUUACUUGCACCACCCUUAGCCUACGCGCCUCGCCCUGCUUAUCAUGCGCCCACUCUAAAUAGAGUUCAUAGUACGCAAAGCAAUUUUGUUGUUUCGUAAUCUCUCGGUGGCUUUUCUGCUUUGAAUAUGGCAUGGACUGAGAAAAAUGAUGGAAAUGGGAGAGAGCAGGAAUCGAAUGGAAAUAAUGGUUUCUUGGAAGGGUCGCAGCCUUCUCCUACUGCAAGUGGCUCUCCCGUUGGUAUAGCUGCAGCGCCAAAGGGUUUUGAAGGGAAGGAUGGUCUCUCUUAUGCCAAUAUUCUUCGUUCCAGAAACAAAUUUAUUGAUGCUCUUGCUAUUUAUGAGAGUGUCUUGGAGAAAGAUAGUGGAAACGUCGAAGCUCACAUUGGAAAGGGCAUAUGCCUGCAGAUGCAGAGCAUGGGAAGGGUUGCUUUUGAUAGUUUUGCUGAAGCGGUCAGGCUGGAUCCACAGAAUGUUUGUGCCCUUACACAUUGUGGUAUAUUGUACAAGGAUGAGGGUCGACUGGUAGAGGCUGCUGAGUCUUAUCACAAAGCUCUGAGAGCAGAUCCUUCAUACAAACCAGCUGCAGAAUGCCUAGCCAUUGUCUUAACUGAUCUUGGUACCAGCUUAAAGCUUUCUGGCAAUACACAGGAGGGAAUUCAGAAGUAUUACGAAGCUCUUAAAAUAGAUCCGCAUUAUGCCGUAAAAUCAUACCUUCUCAAUCCCACCUCACCUGCAUAUUAUAACCUUGGUGUUGUGUAUUCUGAAAUGAUGCAAUAUGACACUGCCCUUAAUUGCUAUGAGAAAGCUGCAUCGGAGAGGCCCAUGUAUGCUGAAGCUUAUUGCAACAUGGGUGUCAUCUAUAAAAACCGAGGUGAUUUGGAGUCGGCCAUUGCCUGUUAUGAGAGGUGUCUAGCUGUGUCACCAAACUUUGAGAUAGCAAAGAAUAAUAUGGCGAUUGCUCUGACAGAUUUAGGAACAAAGGUUAAAUUGGAGGGAGACAUCAAUCAAGGCAUUGCAUAUUACAAGAAGGCUUUGUUUUACAAUUGGCACUAUGCUGAUGCCAUGUAUAAUCUUGGUGUUGCAUAUGGUGAAAUGCUGAAGUUUGAUAUGGCAAUUGUGUUUUAUGAGCUUGCUUUCCACUUCAAUCCUCACUGUGCCGAGGCUUGCAACAACUUAGGAGUAAUAUACAAAGACCGAGACAACCUUGAUAAAGCUGUGGAGUGUUAUCAGAUGGCAUUAUCAAUCAAACCAAACUUCUCUCAGUCUUUGAACAAUCUUGGUGUAGUGUACACAGUCCAGGGUAAAAUGGAUGCUGCUGCAAGCAUGAUUGAGAAAGCUAUCAUGGCGAAUCCCACUUAUGCUGAAGCAUAUAAUAACCUAGGGGUCCUUUACAGAGAUGCAGGAAAUAUAACUAUGGCCAUUAAUGCUUAUGAGCAAUGUCUCAAGAUAGAUCCUGAUUCUCGCAAUGCAGGCCAGAAUCGGUUGCUUGCAAUGAACUACAUAAAUGAGGGAUGUGAUGAUAAGCUUUUUGAGGCUCACAGGGACUGGGGUAGGCGCUUUAUGAGGUUGUAUCCGCAAUACACUUCAUGGGACAAUCCAAAGGAUCCAGAAAGGCCAAUUGUGAUUGGAUAUGUAUCUCCUGAUUAUUUUACCCAUUCUGUAUCGUAUUUCAUUGAGGCCUCUCUUGUAUAUCAUGACUAUGCAAAUUACAAGGUGGUGGUUUAUUCAGCAGUUGUGAAGGCUGAUGCAAAGACUAAUAGGUUUAGGGAGAAAGUCUUAAAAAAGGGUGGCGUAUGGAGGGAUAUAUAUGGAAUUGAUGAAAAGAAAGUGGCAAGCAUGGUUAGAGAAGAUAAAGUUGACAUAUUGGUAGAACUUACCGGACAUACAGCUAACAAUAAGUUGGGAAUGAUGGCAUGCCGAUCAGCACCUGUUCAGGUGACUUGGAUUGGCUACCCAAACACAACUGGUUUGCCUACCAUUGAUUAUAGAAUCACUGAUUCACAGGCAGACCCUCCAGAUACGAAGCAAAAGCAUGUUGAGGAGUUGGUUCGACUACCAGAAUGCUUCCUUUGUUAUACACCAUCCCCUGAAGCUGGGCCUGUUGCUUCAACUCCUGCACUUGCUAAUGGCUUUAUCACGUUUGGUAGCUUUAAUAAUCUUGCAAAGAUAACUCCUAAGGUACUACAAGUUUGGGCUAGGAUACUCUGUGCAGUACCAAACUCUCGCCUUGUAGUAAAAUGCAAGCCCUUUUGUUGUGAUAGUGUUAGACAGAGAUUCCUUUCAACAUUGGAGGAGCUGGGAUUAGAAUCAUUGCGUAUUGAUCUUUUACCUCUAAUUCUUCUUAACCAUGAUCAUAUGCAAGCAUAUUCUCUCAUGGACAUUAGUUUGGAUACUUUUCCAUAUGCUGGAACAACAACAACAUGUGAAUCUCUAUACAUGGGAGUUCCAUGUGUUACUAUGGCUGGUGCAGUUCACGCUCACAAUGUUGGUGUGAGUCUUCUCAGCAAAGUUGGGCUGGGACAUCUGGUUGCAAAAAAUGAAGAUGAAUAUGUCCAGUUGGCUCUACAGCUUGCCUCAGACAUACCAGCUCUCUCAAACUUGAGAAUGAGUCUCAGAGAUCUUAUGUCUAAGUCUCCCGUCUGUGAUGGAGCAAGCUUUGCACUUGGUUUAGAGUCCAUAUACCGGGACAUGUGGCAUAGAUAUUGUAAAGGUGAUGUGCCAUCUUUAAAGCGCAUGGAACUGCUUCGAGAGGAGGGUAUUUCUGAAGCAGCAACUAUCAAAAACUCCGAGCCAGCAAGUAUCCCAGAGGGCCUUCCUGAAUCUGUCAAGGCAAAUGGAUUCAUAGCAGUUGGUGAAUCACUCUUUGAGGACAAUGGGAGUCAGUCAGUUGAAUCAUACUUCAAACAAGCUGAGCUGAAACUGAAUUGGAUCUAGGUGGUUCAUGUAACGUGUGUGUGGAGACAUGCUUGGAAUGUAUCUACAUGAUAGAAAAAGCCUCCUGUGUGUAUAAUAUUUGUGGCUGUGUCCUGCAGAGUUUAAACGAGGUGUAGAAUGCAGUGGCAACCCUAUAUUUCCUAUUACAGGAUCAAAUUCUUUGGGAAAGAGUACGGGCGAUUGGUGGUAUCUUGGAUCUUUUUAGUUUAUUCUUCAUGCCAGAGUACAGUGAAUUGGAAGAGAGAAUCUGUGAGCUGUAGCAAGUAGGCACCUGCAUCACAUUUUUUUCGCCAUGGAUCAUAUCAUAGAAUUUAGCGGUGGCAUGUAAAUCGUGAGGAGAGUUUUUCCUUCUUUUUAAGAUAUUUAAAUGGCUGGAUUAGAUUGCCAGAGAGGGAGUUUGUAAUUCAGUAUUUGUAUGGAAAAGAUCCUGUGAUCUCACUGAUAGUGAAUAUGGUGAAAUAGAGCAAAUAUCAAUCACAUGAUUUACUUAA